UAAGGGAACAAUUUAUCUUACAAGAUGACAACGUGUGCCAUUGAUUGACAGAGACCAACUUUGCAUGAUAUGUGUUUGAAGAUAUAUCAAAUUCAUUGAAUCAGAACUUUAACAGUAAGUUGAAAAAUGUCCUACAGUUCAUUAAUGACAAACAUUUGGCCUCCUCCAAAUGAUGAAGUGAGGUCACGUCUGGAACGUUUACAAGAACUCAAACAGCUAAGAGAAAAGAGAGAAAGUACUAGUACUCUACCCCCUCGCACGGACAGCGGGGACUCGGAGGGAUCUAGGCUCAGUCGUAGGCAGCUUCUCAAUACCAGGACCUUACCAACAAGCCGGCUCAGAGAAAAACAAGGAGAACGGCUCAAAGCCACCCUGGAGAAGAAAUCACAGAGCUCAAGUUUGUCACAGGAAGCUAAUGGCAGGGCUGACUAUGGUGGAGCCAGACCCAAAAAUUUCAGUGCCUCACUUAGAGGAAACUCAUCCGAAAAGUCAGAAAUCCUGGCAUCUAUAAGGAAGAGGGAGAGCGACAGCUUAAUAGGAAAGGAUAGACAAAGGACAUUCUCAGCAGACAGUGAUACAUUUGAUGAUCAUGAGCCAAGUAGUAAUGUGUUAAACAGGGCCACCUCAGCGAGGUUAACAUCCAUUGGAAAUCCGGAUGAACUGGAGGCUAGUAUCAAACCCCAGGACGUGAGUGUGGAGUCAGAAAGUGCUGACCAUACAGAGGACAUCGAGAGCUUCAAACAGAGUUUAUAUGGUACAACACAGACAAAAUCAACCCAACAGGAAAAAGUGCUGGUGCCAUUCACUGAACACUCUAGCUUAAUAGACUCUUCUAAAUUGUCAAACAGGAUAAUGACUUCAAGUAAAAGUGAAAGUAAGGUAAAACUGGGAGACUCUGCUCGGUGGAGAAAGAACGUUCCUCAAAGUAAAGAUAAGUCAACAAUAGUGAAUGGUGAAAAGUAUGAGACUAGUCAUGAACAAGCUGAUGUGAAAAAUGGAGGAUUAGAUUCAAAUAUGGACACUAGCACUGUGAAGUCAAGUGUAUCUACAGAAAAGUCAGAAACUAUCAAUGAACAACAAAGUGAAAGUGGAAAAGCACUAGUAUUUGAUGGGGAAAGUUUAACUAUGACAGGGGGAAGUGAAAGUAACACUGACACUCUAUUAGGCCAUGACACUGUAUUAUCUGAACAUGACAUUCAAAGGAACACUACUGAAACCAAUGGUGAAGUUACAGAGAAAAAUAAUUCCUCAAUAAAUGGUUUAUUAGACAGAGUUGUACAUGGAUCAUUUAGUGUUAGUGAACAGACAUCUGAUUUCAGUGUUCCAAGUCCUGCAGAGAAUUCCAAUUACAAAGACAGCAUUCUGAAUGAAAGUGACAGCAUCUUUGACUCUAGAUACGAGAAUGUUGUGGAGGAGGACACAUUUCCCGACAGAGACUCUUGGCAGAGUGAUCGCUGGGGAGGAGAAAGUUACACUUCAUAUAGGAAUACCUGGCAGACAGACAGACCAAGUUUUGAUAGAAGCAGUGGAUAUGCUCCGAAACAAUCCAGACGUGAGGUUCUGACGGCUAACAGGACAAAACAACCCACAACAAGAAUCACUAGAUAUGCAUCCUUACCUAGCAGUGCAGACAGUCGUGUGUCUGAGUUCAGAUCGAGAUAUCUCAAUCGAGAUUAUCCAGAACCUUACACAAGCUCAUAUGGAGAUGACAACAGCUCAACUUCUUACCGAGACACAAGACAAGAGGACAUAUCCAGUAGGCUGGGAAACAUUUUAAGUGAUAGUUUUAAAAAGUUUGACAGUGUGCUCGAUGGAAAUGAUGCACAAAGGAGGUCUGAGGAUUCUUCAAAGAGUUUGAGGAGGACUGAAGAGCAACCGAGGAGUUUGAGGAGGAGCUACAGCCAGAGAGUGGAGAGUGACACUGACUCGAGACUCGGUCGAUUCAUAAGAUCGAGUGAGACAAAUAGUGACACUGACUCUAUACUCAGUCAGUACAGAAGAACUAAUAGUGAUAGUGAUUACAGAAGUCAGUAUGACAGUCCUUCUACUCAACCAGAUCUAGGGAUGAAUGAAUUUAUUUCAAAUAUUCGAAGUAGAAUGAGUGGGAUGAACCCAAUGAGUGAGAGUCGUAACAAGCCCCUAGCUCGAUCAGGCGGAGUCAGCUCAGUGUUGGAGAAUGCCAAGAGAAUGUUACUAGGUAUAACAGAUGAACCUGAAGUGAGUGAUAGUGAUGAACAAUUCAGAAACUUGAGACUUCAAACAGAACAAUUGACUGAUUCUCUAACAGAAAAUGUGACAGAAAACUUAAACACUGAAGAAAUUAGUGAAAGUCAUGGUCAGUCAGUAGAUGUUGAAGAUAAUGUUUCUGAAGUUCUGCUCGAAAAAGGAGACAUUAUUCAGCUGACAUCAGAACCUCAAUUGGACAGUAGUAAAAAAGUGAGUGAAAGUAUCAAGUGUGUUGAUCAGGAUGAAGAAAUUACAUUGAUUAAUAGAACAGCAUCUAACUCAUCACAAGUUAAAAAGAAAUUGGAAGAAUCAGUCCAAAAUGAAGCAAAAAGUUCUGCUCAAGUAAAUAAAGCAGAACUAUUGAAAAAUUCUAAAGUUGAUAGCCAAUCAGAGAGUGUCAAAACCCAGAAAACAAAUGACAGCAGUCCCAGCCCCAAGAAACAAAUUUCAUCCAAAGGAAAGAAUAAAAAGAAAAAGAAGGGAAAGAGGAAAAAAGAAACAGAUAAUAAAUCUGACUCCUCCAGUAGUAUUGACAGUAAAAGUCUAGAUGGCAAGAAAAUUGAGAUUUCUCAGAGUGAAGACAUUUUGACUGUAACCAUAGAAGACUCUGUUGAGAAUAGACAGAAAGAUUCAGGUGCAUCUGUAGGAGAACAGCUGGAAAGCAUGAUUAGUGACAUUGACCACAAAAGUGAGAAGACGUCCGUGGCCACGGAGGAUCUCCUCUCUCUGAACGGAAAAGAAGAGGGAAGCGAAUCAGUGUCCAGCAAAACUGAGAGCAGUGUCUCAAAGGCAACAUCUUGCAAGUCAAAUGAUGAACGCAAUCAGACCACCAAGUCCCAGAUUCAUGAGGCAGAUUUUGUAACAAUGGAUGAAGGUCUGCUUGCUGUGAAAAAGAAUCAGGAAGUCAGCUCUGACAAAAUCAGUCAACUUCAAGCUGAUAGUGAACAGUUUGAAACAGCUUCAGAGGAAGAGUUUUAUGAAGCAACACCAGGGGAGUAUGUGGAUGAAGAGGGAAAUGUUUUUGUAGAGCAUAGGGAGAAAUUCAUUUAUGUGACUGAAGGAUCCAAAGUAAGGAAGAGAAAACUCAGCAAAAAGACUCUACUUGGAGAAAAACAUUCUGAGGAAGUGAAACCAGAAGCUGAAAGCUCUAGACUUGGUCAUGUCAAGGAAUGGAUGGAUAGCAACAUAUUUCCUUCUAAUAACACAGUGCAUGAGAAAGACCUUGGUGUGAAAUCUAGUGACCAUGGAAGUCAGCUGUCUGUGAAUUCUACUCUUGGUGAUUUUGAUUCUAGAGGAAGCCUGGGCAGCAAAGAAGUGUUGGAGGAUGGGAAAACAAUUACAAAUGAAUCUGUACACAGUACUGAGACUUCCAAAACCAGUGCAGUGCUAGAAAAGAGGGAUUCUUCCAUACAAACUAAUAUGUCAUCAUUGAAUAUGCGGGACAGUGGGACUCAAAUGUUAAUAAGGGCUAGAAAUAUUGGUGUGCAGAUUGAUUCAGAAAAUUAUGAUAAAUUUGUUCAAACUCUAGGAGAACUUGUGUGUCCUUGUUGUAACAAUAAAAUUAACAUUCAGGAAGGUUUUAUCGCCUCUGCUAAAGACAGAGAUGUUCAGAAAGUAAAAGAAGAAUUGAAGUUAAAGCUUGGAGUAGAAAAUGAAGGGCAAAACAAAGUGGAAAGAUCUAUUUCAUCUUCAGAUACCAAUGCCUCAUCAAAAUCUUCUUCAUCGCAGAAUUCUGUGACAGCAUCACCAAAAAGUCCAUCUUUGACCUCAUCAAUGAAUCAGAGGCAAGUAGAUAAGAGUCCAGCUGUUACUCUGGGAAAACAAAGUCCCUCUGCUGUCAAAAGAAACAAUUCUGCAAGAGAACUGACCACAAAGAAAAGUCCAGCAACCACUCCAAGAAAGCAGAGUCCUGCAAGAAAAAGUCCAGCCACUACACCUAGGAAACAAAGUCCAACAAGAAAAAGUCCAGCCACUACACCUAGGAAACAAAGUCCAACAAGAAAAAGUCCAGCCACUACACCUAGGAAACAAAGUCCAACAAGAAAAAGCCCAGCCACUACACCUAGGAAACAAAGUCCAACAAGAAAAACAGGACUAAGUAAUGGUGAAGUAAGCAAAGGAAGUUCUAAAGUUAGGAAAGAAAAAGUUUCCAGUAUGCAGGAUCUUCUCUUUGAAAAUGGUGAGCAGACAACUGAGAAAAAGCCUGAGGGUAAGAGACGUCCAACUACACCUAAACCAGGAAAGAGGGAAAAGACGCCUGAAAGAAAGAAACGGGAGGCAUCUGCAGAGAGGCAAAGCGAUGAUGAAUUGAGUGAAAGGAAUGGUUUGCCUGGAUACAUGCAACCCACAAAGUCUAGCAGGAGAAAGAAGUCAAUAGGAAACAGUGAGGAGCUUAUGGAGGAGAAUAAGCAGAAGAAAGGAACACCCACCACACCAAGGAAAACUGUCACAGAUGAGGAACAGGAGGGAUUUACCACUAUGAAUGACAAUCCUUUUAUCAGGAGUGAUCGCCAACGAACUUCUGUGGGACCAAGUGGACAGAGAUCAUCAGGGAAAUGGUAUCGCAAAGAACCAUUGAAGGAUGAAGAGGAAAGCAAGAAAGGAAAAACACGUACAGCGAAGAAACAGAGGUCCACAUCUGUAUCAUCGACGUCAUCAGAGAAAAAUCUGGUCAACGGAAAUUCUAAAAUGAAUACUAAAAAUGUACUUAGAAGUGAUGAAAGGCUGGAUCUCUCUGGCCUAGGGUCACAAUCCAGUCUGCUGGAAACUGAUCUGGAUGAAGCUAUGGGAUAUAACAACUGUGAAGCAAAUGAAGACUCAGAUGUAACACAGGUAUUCAUUGAUACCAUUCCAUAUACAAACAGCCAUUUUCUUGGACCUGACUUGAAAACAUAUGCUGAAAAUAUCUCUAAAAACAUUGCUGAGAAGGAAGUUAUGAAACUUGAAAGUGACAGUAAUCAAAAUGAGAAUACACCAAUGUCUAAUGUGAAGCUCUCUCUUCCACCACCAAGGGCAGAGUCUGAGGAAAAGGAAGCAGAGGUCACACAAACUCUUGAUGGCAAAGAGGAUGCAGCAUCCAAACAGAAGCUUCUCAGUGAAGAGGAGCAGGCAGGUGUUCCCGUGGAAACAGAAGAAGAAGAAGAUGAAGUGGCCCCUGUCAGAGUCAACCUCAGCAACUGGGACCCUACCAAAUUACUGAAUGAUUUGUAUGCAGUCCAGCUAAUGCCAGAUGAUGCUAAGGACAUCUCUGAUAAAUUUGUUGCCAUGGAAGGACUGAUGGAGAAACUUCCCAUGAACAAGAAAAAGGCUACUCUUCUGAAAACCUGGAAACGGAGAUUCUUCCGAGCUAAGGAUGGUUGGCUGUAUUAUUAUGAGACAAGUAACCGAGACAAGCCCAGUGAUACGCUGCAGCUGAUGGGAGGAAAAGUGGAUGACCUCGGGAACAGAAUUCUGGGUAUUGAUGAUGGGAGGGGGAAGUACCUGAUGGUUCGUUGUCCCACAGACAAGGAAUACGGUCAGUGGAAGUUAGCGUUAGAGUCGCAGACAGCAGACAAUGUCAAGGCCACCUAUGUACGACCAGUGUUGUCAUGUUCCCCACAUCCUCAGAAAAAAGUGAUCCUGAUAGACAUAGGAAGUAGUGCCAUACGAGCUGGAAUUCUGGGAGAACAUGCUACCUUGCCGACUCUGUUUUUCCCUAACGUGGUGGCACACUCUGGUGACAGUAAAGAGCUGGCUGCUGGAAUCGAGGCAUUUAAGCCGGAGUACAGGAAGACUACAUCUAAAACGGUCCACCCCACGGAUAAAGUAGAUAAGUUUAGCAUCGACAUAUCUACAAUCGGUGCUGUAUUCCAAAAAGUUUUCACUGACCUCAAAGUGGAACCAGCUGAAUACUGGAUGAUGAUCAGCACCCCUCAGAAUCUGGGAGAUAAGAUCCGGGCUGGAUUGAUGGAGACACUAAUUGACAAGUACAAUGUUCAGGGAGUAUGUAUGGUGAUGCAGUCACUUCUAGCUCUCUACUCGUACAAUGCCACGUCUGGAAUCAUAGUCGACAUCGGAGAAAGGAUGGAGAUUCUACCAAUCUACGAUGGUUUUGUGAUAGAAGGUGGGGUUUCCAGGCAGUCGUAUGGAGGACAGAAGGUCAUAGAAUCUCUGAACUCUUGUCUCCAAGGUUACAACUUCUCCACACCUAUACAACAGCUACUGGUCCGCUACGUUAUGGAACAGUCGUGUUACCUAGUCACUGAUUAUAAGGAAACUCUGAAGAAAUGUGAAGAAGACCCGGACAGUUAUAAAGCCACUGUUUACCUGAAUAACUUUGAUCUUCCGGAGGGGGCCACUAUGGAGGUCACCCAUGACUACAGCUGUUUUAAGAGUCCUGAGGGGUUCUUUAACACAGACCUGUGGGGUAUGGAUUACCCCUGUGUCCAUAAGUUAGUGUUCCAGGCUAUCCAGUCCUGUCCUAUAGAUAGCAGGAAGAGAAUGUACAGGGCUAUUUACCUGAGUGGAGGUGUGACUAGGUUACCUGGAUUUGCUGAAAGGUUACAGUGUGAACUACAGAAACUAGCUCCCCCCUCUGUCAUGGUGGAGGUACAUGCCUCUCCCCAGAGGUAUCACAGUGCCUACAUUGGAGCCUGCUCACUUGCCAACAUGGAGCAAUUCAAACAAAUCUGUAUCAGUGCUGAGGAAUGGAAAAAAGAUGGAGUCAAGACAUUUAAAAAGUGGAAUAUGGCAGGCUGAAAGGCAUGCUGGGAGGAAUAUUUAAGUAAAGGAAAAUUCUCAAAAUUUACUUUUCACAUUCCUUUACAAGACAUUCCCUAUAUCAAUAGUUUGUGGGUUUCCUGCACAUAUCUGAAUGUUGUCAUGAAGUACAGUUUUUUUGUAUUUCCAACAAAAUUAUUUUUCUGUGAUCCUUUUAAUAAACUGCAUUUUUGAUUAUUAUUAUUAUUAUAUAUUUAUUUCUGCAAAAGGUGUUAUGUCUGUCUGUAAUAUGCUUUGAUUUUAGAGUUUUUAGUAACAUCUUGUUUGUUAUUUUGAUUAGAGACUUCAAUGAACUGAGAACUUUACCAAAGAUAUUUACUUCUUGUAGUGAUCUAAGAACACAGGAAUGGAUCAAGUUCAUUGAAUCUUUGCUAUUAUUCUUUUUUCCUUGAAGAUCAAUGCUAAAUGAGAACUAUUGUUAGAUUUGUAGUGCACACUGCCAUUUUGAAUGGCUGCCAUUUCUGUGUUAUGGAUUAUUUGUGAAAUGUUUGUGUCCACCUUAAAAAAUAAGACCAAGAUUGUCUUCCAUAUUAUCAAACAUUUAAUACUAGCAGCUUGUAGGAUGAUAUUUUUGUUUUAUAUUUUGUGUUUCUCAGUGGUAUCAAGUGUUCCAAUGAAUCGUGUGCUUUGAUUGUGUUAAAUGUUUCUUCUGAACCAGACAUCUCAGUCAUUAAUUAGCAAAUUAGUGUAAGUUACAGGUAACUGAUAAAUGAGGUAAAAAUGAGGAUAUGUUUUUAUCAUAUACAUAAAUUUUUAUUUUUAGACUGAUAGAAAAAUUGUUCUUAAAAAAACCCUCAUUUAUGAAAUACUAAAUAUAAUUGAUAUUUAUAUAAAGAGGAGUUAAAUCUGAGAAUAUGUUAUACUCAAAGUGUCUUGCCACAAAAGGAAGAAAUUUUCCUGGAAUCCAUGUUUUAAUUCCUUUGCUGGUCAAUUCUUCAUAACAUGGAGGGAAUUCAGAUGGUUAUUUAUAUCAACACAUCAAGCACUUCUUGUGGAAUGUAUUUUGGACUUAAACUAUGCAUAGAAAAUUAAUUUCAAAUAUACAUAUAUAUAUAAAGAAACCCUCUUUUAGAAAUACACUGUUGUUGAUUUUCAUUUACAAAAUUCAUCUAGUCUUUUAUUUUGAGAUAAUUAUCAACUAGGACUAAAUGUUCUCCAAAAUGUUUUUAAAAUGUCUCUUUCCUUGGUCAUCUUUAAAAAAAUUGUUUGCUCUCUCCAGAAAUGCUGACUAAAAACGGCCUGACUCAAAACUUUUUUUUAAUCUACAGAAAACUUUUUUUUUUAAAUAAUUCCAAUUUUUUUUUCAUUCCAUUAACUAUUCUAUUCCUAAUUAAAUGUAGUUAGCCACUGUAAUAUCAUAUUCCUAAGUUUUUUGGAAUUUAUAAAAAAAAAAUUCUCCCUACCUACCUACCCAAUAUUUUCAUCCUGAAUAGGAAGAGGGCAAGCAAAAAUUUUUUUUAAAGGUGGCCUGAUUUAUAUCCUAUAAAAUACCUAUAUUCAGAAAUUAUUGUUUAAAGUUGUGUCUAGACACAUUUUAUGUAUUUCUUAUUUAUUAGUCGUUAAUUUAUUUUCCUGUGAAAUAUAUAGGAUAUAUCCUUUAAAUCAUUAGAGUUAAAAACUUCAGAAACACAUUGAACUGAUGAAAUGUGAUUAGAAUAAGUUUUUUCUUCUUAGAAUUGAAAAUUGUCAAUAACAUUUGAUACAUAUUUUACAUACUUUUUACAUAUCCACAUUUUUAUAUGCUGAUGUGGAGGAACACAGCAGUGACUUGAGUAAUGUGAAUUGUGGAAGCUAGGUGAUGUACUACUUGUGGCAAAGAUAUAUGUACAUGUGGCUAGUUGACUGUAAACAUUUUUGGCAAGGUUGUGUCAUUUUAGCAAUAUUUCUCAAUGCCAGUGAAAAAAAAAUUCCUUAUUAUGGUUGUGUGUUUUUUUGUGCAAUAUAUAUUUGGCCUUGUGAUAUUGAAAUGAAAUGCUAUAACAUUCCAUUCACACCGUGACGUAUGGUGUGUACAUGUCUUUAUUUACUGCAUUAUUCAAAGUUAUUUUUACAUUAUACAUAUUUACUAGAGGACAAAUUCCUGAUAUACUAUAUUUAUAUAGUGUAAAUAUAUGUAUAACUGAAUUGUAUUGUGCCAGGAUAAUUUUAUAUUAUACAUGCAGACUUCAAAACUAACUGGUAUAUCAUUCCAUUUAUGUUGUGUACACAUGCAUUACUAAAUUGUAUCAUUCCAGGAGCUCAUUGCUGAAAUGUUUAAGUACAUUUGCACUAUUGUUGGGAUUUUUUUUCUAAAAUAAUUUUAUCUCCAGUAUUUUGUAUUGAGUAACAAACAAUAUGAUACACAUUUUAUUUACUGCAAUAAAUUGUACAAAUGAU